AAUAACAACAAAGUGCUUGUUCAGCCAUGUUUGUUCGUGAACAUGGUUCCCGUGUUUUUCCACAGAAAACACUUUUGUGGCCGUAAAACCGACAACUUCACACUUAAACAAUUGCUGUGACGCAAGUUGACUAAGUUUUGUGAUGAAUAGAGCCCAGAGAAGAAUAAUUUGAAGCGGCAAAUUGACUUCUUUUUAUUGACAACCACGCAACUAUGCCGCAAGGAGCUGGGCAUUCCCGACAAAAAAGCGAUGACUUCAAGGGAUCUUUCGGACGGGAUGAGGCUUGUGAGGAUCAUCUUGAGACAUUUGAACUAUCAGAGACUUUACUGGGUCGACAUUCUGUGACUUUUCGAAAGCCAUCCUUUCGCUGUCUCCAAGGGGCCCGCGCUGUGGCGAAGAAAAUUCGCCAUUUGACCUGGAGACCCGUGUUGUUCUGUACAACCCGCACAAUCCCUUCUGUAUUACUUCUAGCCGUUGCGAUCGUAAUUCCUAUUGUCCUAGGAGUAGUGACUUUACUAAUGUACACACCAAAGGUGGAUAUGUCGUUAGAAUCGUUCUCAAUUCCUAACCAUGUUGCAUCAAGGCAUCAAGACGCUUUCACGGUUGCUAAAAGAUAUUCGUACUCUUGGAAGCAAACUAUGAGAAAGAAACGCGCCGCAGAACCAUGGCCACUGCCAGAAUCCGAAAACCCAGAGCCUACUUCCAAGCCAGACUUUACUCAGACUAAUGCGAAGUGGACCAUUGAUUUGGUUUACUUAGCGAAAGGGAAAGGCGAGCUCAACAUGUUCACGAAGAAAAGACUCCGCGCUAUUCAUAAACUCGAGCAAAAUAUCAUGCGGCAAGAAGGAAUGCAAGAUUUCUGUUGGAAAUGGAAUUAUGCUAAACUUGAUCCUAUUUUAGUGCAAAGAUACAACGCUUGCACUCCUCCUUUAUCUCUCGUGGAUUUCUUUUUCCCUACGUAUGGUUUUUUUGACGGCCAAGGCGAUGAUAGUAAACUUACGGACGAAUCGAUCGGACGGACAUUAAAAUUUCUCUUGAGCAGGCAAUUUACAUACUGGUUUGUGGAUGGAAACUUCUCAGUAUUGAACCAAAAGAGUUCUUUUCUACGAGCGCAAAUCAAGUUUGGUUACCCACUGAAAGGGUAUCCGAAGAAAUCAAGCAGAAGUCUUUUUGUGGAACAGCACAAAAAAUUCAUCAACUACAUGAAGAAAUUUAUUCAAUUUCUGGAUACACAGUCCACUGAUGAAGUGAGUAUCCUGUAUGGGGGACCUGAGGUUUAUGACCACCUUGUUGAUGAAGCCCUCUGGAAAGAUGUCGAUCUUGCCAAGUACACCCUCACCCUUAUCAUCCUACUGAUGUUCAUACUCACGUCCUGUUCCUUCUUACUCACCUUCUUCGGCAUUCUAAGCAUCCUAGCCUCCCUUCCACUGGCAUGCUUCUUCUUCCGAGUUGUGUUUGGUGUCCCUACUUUCAGCAUUCUCAGUGCAACCUCUUUGUUUGUUAUCAUUGGUAUUGGUGUAGAUGAUGUGUUUGUGUUUAUUAACACGUUUCAUCAUGCGGAGAAUGCAAAGGAUAUUGUGACCAGGUUAAAGCACACAAUAUCCACUGCUGCUGGUGCCACUUUCUUUACUUCCUUCACAACUGCAGCUGCCUUUGGGGCAAACUGUUUUUCGAAGAUUCCAGCGAUCCAUGACUUUGGUCUCUUUAUGAUGCUGAUUGUCAUUAGUUGCUGGCUGACAGUGGUACUGAUAAUACCACCUACCCUAUACCUGUGGUACCGCUAUGUUGCCAGGCUUGAGACCCUGCUCUGGAAUCUCUUGUUCAGCUGGCUCCAGGCAUCUUGCUGCAAAACCUCCGCAGCACCACAACUACCAGUGGACAUCCAGCAUUUUUUGUCAGGCGAAAGUGAAGCUCCAUCAUCACCAGCAUUAGAUAUUGAGAAUACAGCCAUAGAUGCUGUCACUGGCUCAAGGAUGCAAGUUUCUUUCCCUGAACAAGAAGACAUCCCCCUGAACGACUCUCUAGAUGACCGGACUAGCUUGAACUCUGACAUGCUGUGUCUAUCUGAUGACUUGAUAAACGACAAUGACUCCGCCCCACUGUUGUCCACCUGUUCUACUGUUGCCACUCAACUAAACUUGGGUGCAGCUCACCAAACCAAUGCUUCUCGAAACUGUAUGCUAAGACUGCAGUUAGGCUUGUAUCAUCUUGCUCGGUUUGUGUACCGUAUUAGGUAUGUAUUACUGGUCAUAUACUUAGCAAUACUUGGGAGCUCGGCUUACUUGAACACGAAGAUCACCUCGUCAGAGAAGCCCCCAGCAUUCUUUAAGGAGGGUUCAAACCUUCAGCAGCUGCUAGACUUGAAGUAUAACAUGAGUGGCGAUAACUAUGACUGCAAAAUCUGUGACGAUAUUGUCCAGGAUGCAUCUAAUUACAUCAUCUCUCGGCCAACAAAGCCUGCUACCAUUAACUCUAACGCACUACCCCCCGACAUUCCCACAAAGGCAAGUUCUAACAAUCUGCAGCCGGACGAACCUACGACUGCUGCUGCUUUGAAAGGGACUCUGAGCUCUCAUGUAGCUGGAAAUAAGACAACUUCUGCUGUACCAGGUUCAUCAAGGAAAAGUCGGGUUAUUGGCUCCAUUAAAACGACUAAAAGGCCAGCAACACAAAAAGCUCUGACGACACUUCCACCCACCUAUACAACCUUAAACCCCGCCACGGAUCAGACAUCUGCCCAGCCCACAACCACACAUGUCUCCACUAUCUUAGCUACCACGCCUUUCCACACCUCCGCCUCGCGUUUUGAGGGGAAUGACGUUAAUGAUGCCAUGAAUGAAUCAUCAGUCAUGCCCACGUUUGACCCUUGUCUUGGGACUUCUUGUGAUAAGGUUGCAGAGAAGCCUAUCCUGGAUUCCAUGGCGAUAGUCUAUGUGGUCUUUGGGAUAGAAGACAUUGAUAGAAGUAACGUGGACAAAGAACAUGUGCUUUCUAGUAAGGGUGAUGUAGUGAUGGACGCCUUGUUUACCAGGUUCAUCCUAGAGCAUCGGUCACAGUUUGUUAAGCACAUGUGCCGCAUAUGCAAGGCUUUCUCGAACAACAAGGAGCUGGUGCGUGAAGCAGGGGCAAAUUGCUUCCCCGAGUGGUUAUCAAACAUCCUUAUGUCCAACCGGUACAAUAUGUUCGAAGAGUGUCGCGAUCUACAUAAGCAUCAGACCCUGGCAGGACGCUCCCACGCGGGCAUGUACUAUAAAAACACCAACCGGCCCGUCUACCAUAACUCUACAAGAGCAUACUGGCUGGCUAUGGCCUUCGAGACGACAACCAAUAAAGGAAGCUCGUCUAAAGUGGUUUUGCAGCAGUACCACAAGUGGAACGCUUUUCUUAAGGAGCAAGUGCAAGACAUUCCUGAGCUCCAGUCGGCGUUCCACACGUCUGAAGACUGGGUCCAUAUGUUCAUGGAGGUCGUGGCUGUCAAUGGCGCCAUUUACGGCAUUGUGUUCUCGUUGAUUCUCUGUAUGGUUGCCGUGGUGAUAUUUACGGGGCAUAUAUUGCUUUCAAUCAUUGUCAUGUUGACCAUAUUAGGAGUACUUUGCCUCGUGGUGGGCGUCUUCUACUUGGUGGGAUGGCAUCUAGGUGCAGUGGAAGCCAUCUCUCUAUCCAUCCUCGUGGGCACGUCCGUGGAUUACUGCGUGCAUCUCAUCGAUGGCUACAUCAUAGCAGGCCGCUUUAUACCAGACUCCGGCCUCUCGAAUAAGGAGGUGCGACGAUGGCGUGCGUCUGCGGCGAUCUCGCAUAUUGGUUCGUCCAUCCUCAGCUCCGCCGUCACCACUAUCGUGGCCGCCGUGCCGCUCUGCCUAACAACCAUUCAAAUCUUUGCCAAGUUCGGCCAGAUCCUCGCCAUUAACACGGCAGUCUCGAUUCUGUACACUCUGACCUUCUGCAUCGCGCUUAUAGCCCUUAUCGCGCCAGCUAGAUUUAUUAGAAGCCUGAAGUCGCGUCUGUUUGCCGUUCUGGGUGUGGCGCUGUUCGGUGGCAUGUCUUUACUGUUGAUGUAUAUAGCAAGUCUAAUGGGUGCUGUUAUUCAGGGACCGGACGGCAAUCCUCUUUAUAAUGUCUGAAUUAAAGGAUACUCACAAGAGGUCUUUCACAAAUUCUUGGAAUUAACCUUUACAAAAUUCCAAGAAUUUGUGAUUUUUAUCUAAAAGGAACUAUGAAAUCUUGAAAGAGGUUAUCUUUCAAGUCAUCCCAACUCUUUCGAAUGUGGCAUAUUGGAACAGCACUUUUUAGCAUAGUAAAUAUUAUCUAAAAUAGAAAGCUGACAGAGUGAGGCAAGUGUGGUAGAUAUAUAAGCUGGAAAACGAUCUUUUUAUUUUGUCUUUUUCAGUUAAACGGCAUUUGUCUGGCUUUUUGUCGGGGUCAUGUGGGUUGUGCCGUACCGCACAAACCAGACUCCAAAGCUAGGAAUUGGCCCGAUAGUGUUAGGUUAGGUAAACAUAUAAAUGUAAUAUGCAUAUUGCCUGCACAAACCAGACUCCAAAGCUAGGAAUUGGCCCGAUAGUGUUAGGUUCGGUAAACAUAUAAAUGUAAUAUGCAUAUUGCCUGCACAAACCAGACUCCAAAGCUAGGAAUUGGCAGGGUAGUGUUAGGUUAGGUAAACAUAUAAAUGUAAUAUGCAUAUUGCCUGCACAAACCAGACUCCAAAGCUAGGAAUUGGCCCGAUGGUGUUAGGUUAGGUAAAGAUAUAAAUGUAAUAUGCAUAUUGCCUGCACAAACCAGACUCCAAAGCUAGGAAUUGGCACGGUAGUGUUAGCUUAGGUAAACAUAUAAAUGUAAUAUGCAUAUUGCCUGCACAAACCAGACCCCAAAGCUAGGAAUUGGCAGGGUAGUGUUAGGUUAGGUAAACAUAUAAAUGUAAUAUGCAUAUUGCCUGCACAAAGCAGACUCCAAAGCUAGGAAUUGGCCCGAUAGUGUUAGGUUCGGUAAAGAUAUAAAUGUAAUAUGCAUAUUGCCUGCACAAACCAGACUCCAAAGCUAGGAAUUGGCACGGUAGUGUUAGCUUAGGUAAACAUAUAAAUGUAAUAUGCAUAUUGCCUGCACAAACCAGACCCCAAAGCUAGGAAUUGGCAGGGUAGUGUUAGGUUAGGUAAACAUAUAAAUGUAAUAUGCAUAUUGCCUGCACAAAGCAGACUCCAAAGCUAGGAAUUGGCCCGAUAGUGUUAGGUUCGGUAAACAUAUAAAUGUAAUAUGCAUAUUGCCUGCACAAACCAGACUCCAAAGCUAGGAAUUGGCCCUAUAGGGUUCGGUUAGGUAAACAUAUAAAUGUAAUAUGCAUAUUAAAAUAAAGAAAAUAUGAAAAUGA